CUCGUCACGUACCAGCUUCGCACCGGCUACCUCAACGAAAUCGCCGACGGCGUAGGCGAGCGCCUCAUCUCCGUCAACGACAGCAGCAUCAACACCGUCCCCUUCAAGUCCGCUGGCUGGCGGCCAAACUCGUCACACGUCAAGCGCACCCAUUCGCCGCCGAUCCCCACGGCCAUCGCCUCAGAAUACUUCCAGGCUCCCCGACAGGCUGGCCUGACGCUGGAAGACCGCUUCGAAGAUGGCGGCAUGCUGACGGGCGGCGGCGCCGACACAAUGGGCCCGGGGGCGGCAACCAAGAGGCGCCGGCGCCGCGAGCAGAUGGAGGAGGACGACAGCAGCGACUUUAGCGACGAGAGCGAGGACGAGUCGGAACAUCGCGCGGCGCAGCAGAUAAAGUUUGCCAAGAUGCCCGUACGGCACCGCGCGGGAUCCUCACCCGGUCAGGCCUCGCAUCUUCAGCCCAUGAACGUCUCCCCUCGAGCCCCCCGGCGGGGCUCCCAGUCGUCGCUCAACAUAUUGCCUGGACGACCAAGACGAGACACGGUGACUAGCAGCGAAGUAUCGUCCGAGAACGAGUUCGACGUGCCAGCGGCAUACAGGCACCGGGAGGCCGCGCGCGCAGCAACAAGGGCAAUGAGGAUGCAGGACAAGAUCAACGAGGAGCCCUCGCAGGGCGUGCAGCCCGGUGACCCUUCGCUGCUUCGCGAGGAAGACGAGGAUGACGAUGACUCUGACGAGGGCUCAGACAUUUCGGGAGAGUACGUGGCGAGCAUCGACGAGGCCUCGAUCCUCGAUGUCGUGGAGAACAAUCCCAUCACCGCCUCUCCCACGCGGCAAGUAGUGGGCACGCCCCCGAGGAAUUUCAUGAGGCAGUCUACGAUCCGCAACUCGGCACACCCGCCUCUGUCAGUCUUCAACGCGCUGCCGCCGCCACGCCCGAUGAGCACUAUCCGGCCCCUCAGCGUCGUCCAGCCCCAGAGCCUGCUCUCCGCGGCGCUCAAGGCCAAGCGGUUCAAGUCGAGCGUGCCGUUUCAAAAGUUUGCUCACCUCAACGGGGAGGGAACGCAGGGGGCCAUUUCCGUCCGCAUCUACGCCGCAUUCUCCAAGACGCCUAGCAAGUAUCUGGAAGUGCUCAUCCGCCCCCGCGUGCAAACCGGUCAAGGAGUGGAGAGGGCCGUCACCAUUGCCGACCUGAUAGGGCUAUCGCUGUACAAGUACAACGAGGAGAAGAGAGAGCCGCCGAUUCCUCCGAAGAAGCGCAACAUCAACUGGUAUACGCUGGUGAUGGUGGAAGAGGGCGGCGAGGUGGACGACGACUUCCCGCCCUUUGACAGGACAAAGCCCCUUACGUCGGCCACCACAGUCAACAACGCUCACCUGAGGGGCGGCGGACGGACGAGGUCCAAUUCAAAAGUCUACGACGAGUUUGCUAUUGUGGAAGCUACAGAGGCAGAGUACGAAGCCAACCAGAAGCAGACGCCACAGGAAGACGAGGAGGAAGAGGAAGCGCAGCCGACUCACGACACGAUUGCCGAAGAGGGAACGCCCGAAAAGAGCGAACACGCGAGUGCCGGUGCCGGUGCCGGUGCCAAUGCCAGUGGCAGUGGCAGUGGCAUGCUCUCUCCGCCGCCUUCUGUGCAUCCCCGUCCGAACCCGAUCCUGACGACUGCGUACCGGCCCAACGUGCUGUUGGCGGACGCUCCCCAGACGCGGACAAACGUGUCCAACGCAAUGCGGGGCCAGCAGAAGCUGCUGCGCAUCUACAUCAUGUCGUCGGAUGUGGCGGCAGGCCAGAUGGUGACACUUGACAUCACCACCGACAUGUACUUUGCCGAGGUGCUGGACCAGGUGUGCCGCAAGAGACACCUGGACAAGGCAAACCAUGUCUUGAAGCUGCCGGGGUCGGGGGCCCUCGUCAUGCUGGACCGGCCGGUGUCGUCGAUUGGCAACGUGACGGACCUGGAGCUGUACCGCCGCCGGUUUGCGACGGACGGCCCGCUGGCGAUUACUGGCUCGCCGGGCACGUCGUCGCCCAAGACGGUGCCGAUGCUGGACGGGCCGCCGCCGCGCAAGGGGCACAAGAAGGGGGGCUACACGCCGGGCUCGCACCCGCUGGCGCGCGAGGUGAUGCAGCCGGACGAGCUGCCCAGUGCCAACUACAAGCGGUACACGGUCUGGCGCAAGCAGCCGAUGCGCAUCGUGGGCAUGAGCGAGCGGGUGUUGGUGAUUGACGGCGAGUACAUUCACAUUGUGCCGUCGUCGGGGGGCAAGGCGGUGCAGGAAGGGGGCAAGACGACGACGGUGCACUUUAGCAACGUAAUCGGGUGUAAGGUGCCUCGAAAGCAUCCCACCAACGUCAAGCUCGUCGUGUACAAAGCCACAGAGAGCAAACGCUACGACUUUGAGGCUCGCAGCGCUGACGAGGCUGCCGAGAUUGUGGCGGAGCUGAAGAAGGGCAUUUCGCCGUAUCGCGAGGUCUGA